AAUCUCAGAGCAUUCCUUUCGGUAAACUCAUUCUCUCACACUCUCAAAACUGUCUCUCUCUCUCUCAACUCAACGAGGCCAGCGAAAUUUGAAAAAAGGGGUGAAAAACCCUUGAUACAUACAUACAGGCAGACGAUACAAUACGCACAACCCAGAAAACCCAGCUCUCUUUUAUUUUUAUUUUUAUUUUUUAAUCAAUUACUCUUAGGAAAAGGGGAAAGAAUAGAUGUACCCUUUUUCGAGUUCAUGAUCUCGUUCAAAUUUUGACUUAUCAUCGCUAUUCUGAGAUUUAUUAGUGGGUGAGGAGAAUAGAGACGAUGAACAAUAGUGGCGCGAGUAACAAUAUGAUGUCCUCGUCGGCGGCGUCGGCGUCUGGGAACAACGCGCCGGGCCCUGGUUUGAAGACCUAUUUCAAGACGCCAGAAGGUAAAUAUAAGCUCCAGUAUGAGAAGACUCAUCCCGCCGGUCUACUUCACUACGCCCAUGGUAAAACAGUCACUCAGGUGACGCUAGCUCAUCUCAAGGAAAAGCCAAUGCAGGCACCAUCACAAUCAUCAUCUGCUUUAGGUGUAAGCAGUGGUGUGAGGUCUGCAGCAGCUAGGUUCUUAGGUGGUGGUAAUGGGAGUCGGGCACUUAGUUUUGUUGGAGGGAAUGGUGGAAGCAAGCCUGUGGGUGGCAGCAGUACCAGAAUAGGAUCAUUAGGGGCUUCAAGUUCAAAUAAUGUUGUUGGUAAUCCCAACUUUGAUGGAAAAGGGACUUACUUGGUGUUCAAUGUCGGGGAUGCAAUUUUUGUGAGCGACUUAAAUUCUCAAGAUAAGGAUCCUAUAAAGUCUAUACAUUUUAGUAAUUCAAAUCCUGUUUGCCACGCAUAUGAUCCUGAUGCUAAAGAUGGGCAUGAUUUGCUUAUUGGUUUAAACUCUGGAGAUGUUUAUUCUGUGUCUCUUAGACAACAAUUACAAGACGUUGGGAAGAAGCUUGUGGGGGCCCAACACUAUAAUAAAGAUGGUUCUAUUAAUAAUAGUCGCUGUACUUGUGUUGCGUGGAUCCCCAAUGGAGAUGGCUCAUUUGUGGUAUCUCAUGCAGAUGGAAAUAUGUAUACAUAUGAAAAGAACAAAGAUGGCUCUGGUGAUCCUUCGUUUCCUGUAAUCAAGGAUCAGACUCAAUUUUCUGUAUCACAUGCCCGUUAUAGUAAGAACCCAGUUGCUAGGUGGCAUAUAUGUCAAGGUUCAGUAAAUGGCAUUGCCUUCUCAGCUGAUGGUGCUUAUAUAGCCACCGUAGGGAGGGAUGGUUACUUGCGAGUCUUUGACUAUAAAAGUGAACAGCUUAUAUGUGGUGGAAAAAGUUAUUACGGAGCUCUUUUAUGUUGUGCUUGGAGCAUGGAUGGAAAAUACAUUUUGACUGGAGGCGAGGAUGACCUUGUGCAAGUUUGGAGUAUGGAGGAUCGAAAGAUUGUAGCAUGGGGAGAAGGUCACAACUCAUGGGUUAGUGGAGUAGCAUUUGAUUCGUAUUGGCUUGCUCCAAAUUCAGAUGGUGUUGGGGAAAACAUAGUCUAUCGGUUUGGUUCUGUUGGUCAGGACACACAAUUGCUCUUAUGGGAUCUAGAAAUGGAUGAGCUUGUAGUGCCAGUUCGCCGUGCCCCCGGUGGGUCUCCAACUUUCAGCACGGGAAGCCAGUCGUCUCACUGGGACAGCGCCUGCCCUGUGGGAACCUUGCAACCAUCUCCAAGCAUGCGAGAUGUUCCAAAGCUCUCCCCACUGGUAGCUCAUCGCGUCCACACAGAGCCUCUCUCUGGUUUGCUAUUCACUCAAGAAUCCGUCCUAACAGUAUGCCGUGAGGGUCACAUAAAAAUCUGGAUGAGGCCAGGCUCUGCCGAAACCCAAUCAACUAACUCGGAUUCUUUCAUGAGCACAAGCUUAAAAGAAAAAGCGGCAAUAGCCGGGAAGGGAGGCAGACAAUGAUUCAAGAUUGAGAUUGUGUUGUGCAUAAAGCUUUUGCCGGAAAAGAUGAUGCUGCUUUUGCCAUUUGCACAGUUUUUUGUUUCAACUGAAAUGAGAAAGCAUAUGAUAAAAAGUCAGGUGCUGUAAGAUUAACUGAGAAGAGCAAUGUAUAGGCAGAGAGGGCUUUUGGAGUCAGCUAUGAUAUUGUUGAGAUAGAAAAGCGCAGCCAAGUUUGUAAGUAGGAGAGAGCCAUGAAAAUAAUUCAAGUUGCGCCCUUGGAAGUUUCUCUCCUGUUUUUUUCAUUUGGUGGUCGAUUUUGCAUGGCCAAUUUUGCCACACGAUAUAGCUGGUCAAUUGUUAUCAUUUCUUUGAUUGGCCACUACGCUAAUUUGUUAUGAAUAUUUUCUUUUUCAUCACAGUUUAUGCAUCAUGACUCAGCUUGCCA